AUGGAAGAGGAAUUUGAAGAGAUUCAGCCUCAAGAAAAUGCUGAGAGAAUCUAUAAAAAUAGACCAAACUUCCUUGAGGAUAUGGAUGAAGAUAAUUUUAGAAAGAGUGAUAAUGUGGUUAAUCUUUUUUUUCAAAGAAAUUUUGCAUUAUCACCAGAAACCAAACUUUUGUUAGCUCUGCGUUUUUACGCUAGUGGUAGUUUUUUAAUAACUGUGGCCGAUUUUUGUGGACUGAGUAUAUCAUCAGCAGGUCGAGCAGUUAAAGAUGUUUCACAAGCAAUUGCUUCACUAUCUAGCGAAUUUAUUAAAUUCGAUGCUAUGCAAAAAAAUAUUAAUGAGUUUUAUAAAACUGCAAAAUUUCCGAAAGUAAUUGGUGCGAUCGAUUGUACUCACGUGCGCAUACAAUCUCCUGGUGGUGAUAAUGCAGAACUUUAUCGAAAUCGAAAAGGAUAUUUUUCCAUUAACGUUCAGGCUGUGUGCAAUAAUGAACUUAUUUUUCAAGAUAUUGUAGCAAGGUGGCCCGGAUCUUCCCAUGAUAGCACAAUAUUUAAUAACAGCCGUUUAAAAUUUAGACUUGAGAAUAAAGAAUUUAAAAACACCUAUAUUUUGGGUGAUAGUGGUUACAAGGUAUGUGACUAUAUGAUGACACCUCUGCUUAACCCUAUAACAAAUUGUGAAAAGUUGUAUAACGAGUCACAAAUAAGAACUCGUAACGUUGUUGAAAGAUGUUUUGGAGUAUGGAAACGUCGAUUUCCAGUUUUAUCAAUAGGGAUGCGAAUAGCUGUUAACACUGCAAUGACUGUUAUCGUUGCCUGUGCUGUACUUCACAAUAUAAGUACUCAACGAAAAGAACCCCUUCCACUUGAAGAACAACCCGACAUUAUUAAUGAAAUUAUUGAAAAUGAUAACGAAGUUCAUGAAAAUGCAAAUAAUAGAAAUUCAAAUGCCAGAACCGUUUUAAUAAACAGUUAUUUUGCAAGGUAG